UCCCAUAAAAUAGCACCUGCGAAAAUGUCAAAGAAAAACGAAAAACAACGAAAAUUAUAAGAAAACAAACCGUUAAUGACUCCCCUUAAUCGCCUGAACUCAAAGAAAACGGAGUGAAGGAUUUUAGAGAGAAUGGGAAUCGGUUAAGAAAAUGGAUAGUGUGAUAAAGGAAAACUGGGUGAAAAAAUAGAGAGAAUGGGAAACGCUUAAAAAAAUGGAGGAUGUGAUAAAGGAAAGCGAGAAUCAGGGAGAACUGUACUCUUAAAAGUGUCCCUCAAAAGCCCUGAACUGAAAGAAAACGAGGUAUGGUAACAAAGAAAAUGGGAAACUCCUAAGAAAAUCGAGAAUGUGAUAAGGGAAAACGAGAAACGAGAAAAUAAUGAGCAAACAAAACUGAAGCGUCCCCCCUUAAACACUUGAAUUGAAAGAAAACGGGGUAAAGUAACAAAGAAAGUGGGAUACACCGCCGAAGGAAAGGGAAAAUGUGUAAGAGGAAAAUGAGGAACAAGGAAAACCAUAAUUAAGAAAAAACUCGUAUCCCUUUAAAACCCUGAACUAAAGAAAACGGGGGUAAGGUAACAAAGAAAGUGGGAAACGCCUGAAAAAAUGGAGAAUCUGACAAAAGGGAAACGGAAAACAAGGAAAACCAUAAGAGAAAAAAUAAAUCUACCCCUUCUGAAACCCUGAACUUAAAGAAAACGGGGUAAGGUAACAAAGAAAGUGGGAAAUGCCUCCAAAGAAAAUGGGAAAUGUGUUAAAAUAAUGAGAAACAAAGACGCAGCUAAUGGAAGGAAAUGCAGAGCGAAUGGCCAGCGGAACGAGGCACUGAGGAACUAAUGGAAGGAGAGGAAUUUGAGAAGUCAGAAAAUUAAGCGUGACGGAAUUGGAUGCGAAGCUGUUAGCGAAAACGCGUUGAAAUUAAUGUUGAAAAGUGAAUAAACGUUGAAAAAGGCGAUGAAUGUAGAAAAAUGAAUAAAAUUUGAAGACGAUGAAUGUAGAAAAAUGAAUAAAAAUUGAAGAAGACGAUGAAUGUAGAAAAAUGAAUAAAAAUUGAAGAAGACGAUGAAUGUAGAAAAAUGAAUAAAAAUUGAAGAAGACGAUGAAUGUAGAAAAAUUAAUAAAAAUUGAAAAAGACGAUGAAUGUUGAAAAAUGAAUAAAAGUUGAAGAAGACGAUGAAUGUUGAAAAAUGAAUAAAAGUUGAAGAAGACGAAGAUGAAACAAAUGAAAAGGGAUAUAGAGAAUUAGUGUUGUAUAUUUGAAAUUAUAAAACGAUACAAUUAGAACCGAAAUCGUCAGGGAUCGUUGAAAUUAAUGUUGAAAAGUGAAUAAUAGAAAUUUGAAAAUAACAACUGCGAAGAACAAACGAACAAACGAAUGCAGAGGUGAAAAUACACAACAAAUUGAUAUAGAGAAUUAAAUGAUGGAUAUUUGAUGUUGAAAAAAAAAGAAGCUACGAGCAGAAACGAAAUUGCUAGGAAUCGUUAAAAUUGAUGUUGCAAAGUUAAUAAGAGAAAUUUGAUCAAGAUAAGAUUCCAAGACAAAUGCAUAGACGAAAAUAAGAAAAAAUAUUGGAAGGAAAUGAGAAAAGGAAUAAAACGAAAGAGAUAAUCUAAACACCAGACAACCUCAGAUAAAGUAAAAGUACAUUAAGAAAAGAAAGAAAUACAAGAUAAAAAAAAGGAAGGAAUUGAUUUAAAAAAAAAGGAAGAAUGGAAAAAAUACGCCAGACACAAAGAAUGAAAAACAACAAUGUGAAAAAGGAAUGAAGUGAGAGAGAGAGAGAGAGAGAGAAGCUGAAGGAAAAUAACUAUGUAUGCUCUAAAAGCGAUUAAAAUACUGAAUUGACUGUCCAUCACAAAGCAAACAAAAAAUUAAAAAAAAUAUAUAUAGAAAAAAAUGUUGGUAGGGAAAACUUUAUAUGUGUGAAAGACUGAAAAAGAGAAAAUGUGAAAAUAAAUAAAAGUUGCUGAGGAAGAAGACGAAGAUAGAACAAAAGAUAGAUAGAAAAACCUGAAGAUAUAACAGAAGGUGAAGAUAGGAAAUUGUGGAAAUAAAGCAAAAUAAAAUAGAGGAAUGAGAAAACAAAAAAAGACGAAAAAUAAGACCUCAGAACAGAAGAAUAAAGAUAAAUAAAAAAAAAAAUCGAAGAGAAAACAAAAAAAAACAAAAAUAAAAAAAUACGAAGAUAGAAUAGAAGAGAAAUAAAAAAUAUGAAAAGAUAAUGUCCAAAGAAGGAAAAGAAAACAUAAAUUAAGGAAAUACGAAAACCAAUGAUGAAAGUUAUAUAAACACUGUUGAUGGAAAGGUGAAGAAGAGAGAUAAUAAUAAUAAUAAUAACGAAACAAAGGUGAAGGAAGUAAUAAGAAAAAGGAAAAGAGAAACAAAAAACGAGAAAAAAGUUACGUGGGGUGUGAUGUGAUAGCGUGCAAAAAAAAGAUUAAAGGAACAAUUCUGACGUAAAAGAGAAAUCUGAAAUGCAAAGUUGAAAAUACAUAAAAAGUGAUAUUGAGACAAGUGGAAAAAAAGUUAGAAAAGGUGGAAUUUUAAAAGUGGAUGAAAACAAGACGAAGAAAACUCCAUAAAAGUGUGAAAAAAAUGUAGGUUAAGGAAAAGUGAUAAAAAGAAGAAAAAUUUAAAGGACACUACAAAAAGAAAAGUAGAAGGAAAAGAAGGAAAGAAACUAUAAAAAAGUGCGGAAUAAUAACAAGAUAGAAUAACAUUAAAUUUAAGAGAGGAUAUUAAAACUAGAAAAAAAUAGAAAGGAAGGGAAAAUACAAAGAAAAGGAACAAAAAAUAGAAAAAAAGAGCUUAUUGUGAUUGAAAAGGAAGAACAAAAAAUAAAUAAAAACGAAAACAAAACAAUAGAAAAAAUAGACCUAAUUGUAAUUGAAAAAGAUAAUAUAAAAAAAAUAAAGAAAAACAAAAAGAGAAAAAAAGAAAAAAUAUACCUAAUUGUGUUUGAAAAAGAUAAUACAAAAAAAUAAAGAAAAAACAAAACAAAAAAAUAGACAAGAAAGCCCAAAUAGUGAUCCCGUUACAAAAACACAAACAAACACCAUCACAAACAUUCCAAGACCAACCCUCAGACACACACACACACACACACACACACACACAAACACACACACCAGAUAGCGAACCCCACAUGACCUAACAUCUGACUUCAACCAAGGGGGGGAGAGGGGCUUCCUACUCCCUCCCUCCCUCCUUUCCCUCCUUCCCUCCAUCUUUCCUCCGAGCAAUGACCUUUGACCUCGCCUUCAUUAUGUGUCCUUCUGGCUCGCGUGAAUCUGAGGAGGAAAAGACGAUGGAGAAUGGAUAGAGAUUGUUGUUAUUAUUGUUGUUGUUGUUGUUGUUGUUUUGGUGGUGAUGGUGGUUGUCGGUGCGAAGUGAAAAGUGUGAAAAGAGAAGAAAAGUGGAAAGGAAAAUAAUAGAAAGAGAAGGAAUCAGCAGAAAAAGAGAAAUUAAAAGCAGAGAAGUUGAAAGUAAAGUAAGAAAAAAAAGGUUUGAAAAAGAAAGAAGAAAUAAAAUAGAAAAAAAAGAGAAUUACAAGAGAAAGAAGAAUAAAUAAUUAGAAAAAAAGAGAAAUAGAAAUAGAAAUAAAGAAAAGAGAAAUUAAAAGAGAAAGAAAGAAAGUAGAUGAAAGGAAGCAUUGAUAACUUAAGGAAACGCUCACAGAAGUGAAGGAAAAAGGAAAGAGAAAUAGGAGAGAGAGAAAAAGAAGAAUGAACAACAGAAAACACGCAGAAAGCACCAUCGAAGUCUUUUGUGUGUGGUGGAAUUAAAGUGUGUGACAGCUGCGAAGAAAACGAGGGCAAGGGGAGAAAGCACGAGUUGUCCUCUUAAUAUAUAAUAAAAAGAAAACGGGAAGCGAGUGAAAAAUAGUGAAAGAAGAGAGGGAGAAAACUGAUGACCUGCUGGCGUGAAGGAAAAUGCAGGACGUGCGGAAAAACUUGCAUGAAAAGGAUAAAAGGAAGAUGAGAAAGAUUGAAAAACGGAAAAAGAUAGAAACUUGACAACAAUAAGAAUACAAAGAAAACGGAUGGUGUCUAAAUCAGAGAAAAUUGUACAAAGCAUCAAAGAAAAGGUAGAACUUAUGUAAAAGCAGGAUUAGAAGGUUAGAUAAGUUACUGAAAAGCGGAAAAAUAUAAUAACUUUACAAUAAGAAUACAAAGAAAACGGAUGGUGUCUAAAUCAAAGAAAACUGUUAAAGGCAUAAAAAAAAGGUAUUACUAAUGAAAAAGUAGGAUAAGAAGUUUAGAUAAGUUAUUGAAAAGCGGAAAAAUAUAAUAACUUGACAAUAAGAAUACAAAGAAAACGGAUGGUGUCUAAAUCAAAGUUAAGGGCAUCAAAGAAAAAGUAGAACUAAUGAAAAUACAAUAAAAGAACGUUGAUUAAGAAGAACACAAAGAAAACGGAUGCGGUAGAAUAAACGAGACUAUAGAAAACGCAGUACCGUACCCUUCAUAGAAAACGGAUUACCGCACACACCUUAAAAGAAAACGGGAUGCGAGUUGACAUAAACAUGGCGCGCGAGGAACAGUUUGACGCCCUGGAGAACCUGGUGGACGUGGUGGUGAAGCCUGUGCUGACCAAAAGCCACAGCAUCCACGGCAUGGGGGAGGAGGACCGCUACAACAGGCCCUACCAGGAGAUGGGGCAGCUGUCCAUCGAGGAGAAGAAAUUCCUGCUGUCCGUGGAGAGGGGCGACGUGGCAGGUGUGAGAAGGAUCCUCAUCAGGGCCGCCGAGACUGGAUUCAUCAAUGUCAACUGCGUGGACCCCCUCGGCCGCUCCGCUCUGCUCAUGGCCAUCGACAACGAGAAUCUGGAGAUGGUGGAGCUGCUCAUCAAGUUCAAGGUGGAGACGAAGGACGCGCUGCUCCAUGCCAUCAGUGAGGAAUACGUGGAGGCCGUGGAGGUGCUGCUGGAACACGAGGAGACGGUGCACGAGCCGGGGACGCUGCACAGCUGGGAGGCCAUUCCCCCCGAGACGGCCACCUUCACCCCGGACAUCACCCCGCUCAUCCUGGCCGCCCACCGAGACAACUACGAGAUCAUCAAAAUUCUCCUGGACCGCGGCGCCACCCUACCUGGCCCACACGAUCUCAGGUGUGGGUGUGACGAGUGCGUGACGUCGCGGCUGGAGGACUCGCUGCGGCACUCCCGGUCUCGCAUCAACGCCUACCGCGCUCUCGCCUCGCCCUCCCUCAUCGCCCUCUCCUCCAAAGACCCCAUCCUCACCGCCUUCGAGCUGUCCUGGGAGCUUCGGCGACUCUCCUUUAUGGAACACGAGUUUAGGAGCGAGUACCAGGAGUUAAGGAAGCAGUGCCAGGACUUCGCGACGGCACUCCUGGACCACACGAGGUCAUCCUACGAGCUCGAGGUCCUGCUCAACCAUGACCCCUCCGGCCCCCCACACGAGCACGGUGAGCGGAUGCACCUCAACCGCCUCAAGCUGGCCAUCAAACUCAAGCAGAAGAAGUUCGUCGCUCAUCCAAACGUCCAGCAACUCUUGGCAUCCAUCUGGUACGAGGGUCUCCCAGGCUUCAGGCGCAAGAACAUGGCACUGCAGGCCCUGGAGAUAGUGAAGAUCGGCCUCCUCUUCCCCUUCUUCUCCAUCAUCUACAUCCUGGCGCCUCACACCUCCAUGGGACAGACCAUGCGCAAGCCCUUCAUCAAGUUCAUCUGUCACUCCGCCUCCUACCUCACCUUCCUCUGCCUGUUGAUCCUGGCGUCGCAGCGGAUCGAGACGGUCAUCGUGGACUGGUUUGGAGCGACACCGACCCUCAAGAAAUGGGUGGCCACGGACGUCACCACCCGCCGAGGAGCGCCACCCAGCCUUGUGGAGUGGCUCAUCCUGGCGUGGGUGUUCGGCUUGAUAUGGUCCGAGAUCAAGCAGCUCUGGGACGUGGGUUUGCGGGAGUACGUAGCGGACAUGUGGAACGUCAUCGACUUCAUCACCAACGCUCUGUACGUGGCCACCAUAGCGCUGCGGAUUGUGGCUUACUACCAGGUGGGACGCUGCUACGUGGUCCAAAGGGAGAUUAGGCAGAAUUUGGGCACCCAGGACCUACCGCGACAAAAAUGGGACACCUGGGACCCCAUGCUGAUCGCCGAGGGACUCUUCGCGGCGGCCAAUAUCUUCAGCUCCCUCAAGUUAGUGUACAUCUUCAGCGUCAACCCCUACCUGGGCCCUCUUCAGGUGUCCCUCUCACGGAUGGUCGUCGAUAUCCUCAAGUUCAUCUUCCUCUACCUCCUCACGCUCUUCGCCUUCUCGUGUGGCAUGAACCAGCUGCUGUGGUUCUACGCCGACCUCGAGAAGCAGACGUGCAUUGAGGAGAAGGAGAAGCUGCUGGUGAACCUGACGCGGUGUGACGGGGAGGGCGGCAUCAUUGAGGACCCCGAGGACAUCAUAAAUAUCAGCCCAGACGUGGAUUCCUGUAUUGUUUGGAGGAGGUUUUCGAACCUGUUCGAAACAACACAGACCCUCUUCUGGGCAGCGUUUGGCCUCAUCGAUCUCACCAACUUCGAGCUGACUGGGAUCAAGCCGUUCACGAGGUUCUGGGGCAUGCUCAUGUUCGGCACCUACUCCGUCAUCAACGUGAUCGUGCUGCUUAACCUCUUGAUAGCAAUGAUGAAUCACUCUUACCAGCUGGUGUCCGUAAGUUCUGGACGAAGUGGUUUCAAGGAAAGGGCGGACGUGGAGUGGAAAUUCGCGCGGAGCAAACUGUGGAUCAGCUUUUUCGAGGAGGGGGGAACCUGCCCGCCCCCGUUCAACAUCAUCCCCGCCCCGAAGAGCAUCUACUACCUGUUCCAUUGGUUUUACAAGAAGUUCUGCGGCCAAACGAAGGCGGCGAAGAAGGAGCACAUGAGGACCAUACGGAGGAAGGAAAGGCAGGCAAGCGAGAGGGAAGUGAGAUAUCAGAGCAUCAUGAGGAACCUGGUCCGCCGCUACGUCACGGUGGAGCAGCGGAAAGCGGAGAACCAGGGCGUGACGGAAGACGACGUGAACGAGAUCAAGCAGGACAUCUCGGCCUUCCGCUGCGAACUGGUCGAGAUCCUCAAGAACUCCGGGAUGAACACCUCCACUGCAGCCACCACAGGUCAAGGUAUUCCUCCUCGCGGCAGUUCAGGAGGCAAGAAGAACCGGCAGAAGGAGCGGCGGCUGAUGAAAGGCUUCAACUUGGGGGUGGGCACCCUCGCCUCCCACUUCAGUAUCGCCACCUCCACCGUGCUGCCGGCCACCGCUGAGGUGGUGGAGGUGGCGGUGAAGCGGUCGCCGCAGAACAAGCUGGCUCGGCUGGCCCGGCUGGCGGAGGCGCGGCUGGGGCGGCCCACCAGCAAGAAGCACUGGGGCAAGCUGGUGGAGGCGACCAAGAGUGCGCGCGUCAAGAAGCUGCUCUCCCGCUCCCGCUCCGACGAGUCCCUCUCCUCCGACCCGGCCGCCGGGGACUCGGAGUGCGGCGAGGCGCCCACGCCCCAGGGAAUCCUGCGCGUCG